AUGGAUGUUCCUGACCAGCUCAAUCACAAUUCCCAAGCCGGGGAGGUCGCAUACCCUGAUAUUGACGAGACAAUACACUACCCGUGGCAGGGACCCCAGCAAACGGCCCAGCCCGACCCUAUUCACUCAGUGCUGGACCCCCGUUUGUAUAAGGAUCUGUUCCCAAGCAAUGCCUCAGAGUUACCAGGAGAAAUACCGCUCGAUGAAGACGAGGAUGCCGAAGAAUAUGCUGAAAUUGAUGACUCUGCGGAGGAUUCUACUUAUGAGUUCUCCCCAGAAGAAAGCUCGACCGAUGAGGAGCUGACUGAUGAGGGGGAUGACGGUGAUGAUGAUUCAUAUUCUCGUCGAAGGAGACGCCGCAGAGGCACAGGACCCUUCUCUGGUCGUUACGGUGCGCGCGGUGGUAAAGGGAUCAAGCGUGGACCUCGCAAACCACUAGAGCCUAGCCCCGAGUUCAAGAUACUGCACUCGGAGGCUACAUCGGCAUUUAUUGAUGGUGAGUAUGACCGUGCCAUUGAGUUGGUAAAACAGGCAAUUCAGAUCAACCCGGAGAUGUUUGCUGCCCAUUCUCUCUUAUCAGAGAUUUGGUUAGCACAGGGCCACAAAGACAAAGCAUUGACAGCUUUGUUUAGCGGUGCACAUACGCGCCCGAAAGAUCCGACAGUUUGGGCCAAAGUGGCACGGAUGAUCCUGGAGCGGGCUGGAGAGGAUCGCCAAAGCACACUGAACGAUGUUGUUUACUGCUAUAGCCGUGUCAUUGAUAUCAACCCAAAAAACUACAAUGUACGCUUCCAAAGGGCCGCCAUUUACCGGGAAUUAGGAUAUAAUGGACGAGCUGCGACGGAGUACGAGCGGAUUCUCAAGGAUUUACCGCAUAACGCUAGGGCUCUGCGACAUAUUGCGGAGAUCUAUAUUGACCUGAACGAUGUUCAGAGGGCGGUUGAUCACUGGGCAGACAGCGUAGAAUAUUUUCUAUCUCUUGACCCAGAAGAAGCCCCCGAGUUUUCUUGGUCGGAUGUGAAUAUCUAUGCUGAGCUUUAUGGCUACUUAAACCAACCCGAAAAGGGACUCUGGGCCCUGAAGACGCUCUCUAGAUGGCUCCUUGGCCGCAAAAACGACACGAUGUGGGAAAAAUUUGAUGAGGACGAUCGCGAAUGGGAUGCCAGGCGAUGGCCACGAGACUCUUAUGGGCUGGGUCUUCCUCUAGAGCUCCGCAUCAAACUUGGCCUUUUCCGUCUGAGAAUGGGGUAUCAACAUAAGGAUGAAGCUUUGCAUCAUUUCGGGUGGCUCAAUCCAGACGACACAUCCGAAGGAGCUCGGCUCUUCGAUUACGGGGAUCUCUUCCGGGAGGUUGCAGACGCACUCAAGGACGUAGGACUAUUCGAAGAUGCACUCCGGUUCUACAUGCCACUUCAGCAAACAGAGGAGUAUGCAGAUGUUAGUUUCUUCAUGGCAGUGGGAGAUUGCUUUCGGAAUCUGGACAAGCUCGAAGACGCCGAAAAUUGCUAUCUUACCGUCGCGGAGCAUGAUGCGAGAAAUAUAGAAUCCCGUGUACAGCUGGCGAAGUUAUAUGAGGCCAUUGGCAUGUCCGAGCAGGCACUCAAGUAUGUUAACGAAGCCGUUCUACUUGGGAGGCAAGAAACCAGGGGAAAUCGGCGACGAAAAGAUACAAGGCUUGAGCAGCUAGUAAUGGAGUUUAAGUUAGCUGAAGGCGAAAUUGGUGCGCCCGGCUUGAGUUCAGUUGCACCAGAUUCUGUAGGUAAUGAUGUGACAGCACCUUCACUUACCACUAAGUCUGCAGCUGUGCUCGGUCGGAAGGAUUCCGUGGAGGCCGAAAAUGAAAGGACAGAAAGCAUCCAAUUCCUUUAUACCAAACUACAGCAGCUGCAGUCGAGGGUCAAGGCAGGCGAGCUCGAAGCCACGGAGGAUUGGCUCGAUAUUGCCGAUGCAUUGCUGCGCGAGUUUCGGUCUAACCGAUUUUUCUACCCGCUACAGCGCAAUGUCAUGUUUCUUGGCUACUCUCGAGAAGCCCAGAAAAAGGCUGGAAAGACCAAGAGUCAAACAAUAAUGGAAGAGAUGCAGGAGAUGGCUGGUCGUCUCCAUGAGUCUCUAGGCACUAUCACCGAGGAACCUCUUCAGGGGGCUAUACCGACUGACUAUCAUGGCAUAUCUUUUGAUGAGUGGCUUGAUUUGUUCCUCCAGUACGCUCUUGUUGUAGCAGGGCAGGGUGAACCAGAAGAAGCGUACGACUCACUUGCUGCUGCUGCAGAUGCCAGCAUUUGGUAUCAUUCUAAACCCAGCACUCGCCUGAUCCACGUUUGCUGGUUCACUUGUGCUCUUCGAGCGCAGGACGAAGAAACCCUUGCCAAUGAGGCACGCUGGUUCAUCAAGGAGUAUCAGUUCGUGACCGACACAUAUCGACUUUUCUCCAUGCUGAGUCGCCUCUGUGGGGACCCCCACCGGUCUCUCUUCCAUUCGUCAGCAAAUAUGAAAUUUAUGUUGCGACAGAUUAAAGCUAUGGACUACACGAUCCCGGACGAGGCCCCGGGCUUGCGGUCGAGUAAGCCCGUGAGAGAAUCAAUCUAUCAGGAGCGUGCACGUUUAUCGACGCGUGACGAGAAUGGAGAAGUUAUACCAGCAGAAGCUAUGGACGUUGCUCUUCUGGUAUUGUACGGCCAUAUACUUUAUUCUGGUAACAGCUUUCUACCGGCUUUGAAUUACUUCUUCCGUGCGUAUGCCUUGGACGAUCAAAAUGCCACGGUGCUUCUUUCGAUCGCCCUCUGUUACAUUCAUCAUGCCCUCAAGCGUCAGUCUGAAAACCGUCACUUCAUGAUCAUGCAAGGACUUUCAUUUAUGGAGGAAUAUCGACGCGUGCGAGAGCGGCCCGGGAGUCUUCUCCAGGAGCGACAGGAAAUGGAGUUCAACUAUGCCCGAGUAUGGCACAUGCUCGGCCUGUCCAACCUGGCAGUAGAAGGCUACCAGCGUGUAUUAAAACUGGGGAAGCAGAUACAGGCUGAGGGUCGAGGCCCACAGCCGGCGGUGCGAGUCACCAGGCAUGUGGAUAACGAUGUGGAUAUGCGGGAUGCAGGAUCCGAGCAAGAACCGUUCGUCGAAGACUUCUCUCCCGAGGCCGCCUUGGCCCUACAGACCCUCUAUGCUCUGAGUGGGGAUUUGCAUUUGGCUAAGGAUGUGACCGCGAAUUGUCAUCAAGAUCUCAAUUCUGGUCACGCGACCUCCUUCCUGGCAACGGUUAGUGCUUACAUCUAUGCCCUUGCUAUGCUGGUCAUUAAUGUUGUCAAGUCAUGCUAUCUCGAGUUCAAUCGAUUGGUAGAUGGAAUCCAUUUUGCGAGGAAGUGCUAG